UGCGACAAGAAUGGCCUCAUCAUCAUCAUCAAUAUCAUCCAUAAAUAUAAGUUAAUUUAAUUUGAUUGCUCCGAAAAGAAGAAUGCCAGGAUUAACAGCACCUUCAGAUUAUUCCAAAGAACCACCUCGCCACCCUUCUCUUCAAAUCAACGCCAAGGAACCUUUCAACGCAGAACCAAAACGUUCUGAUCUUAUUGCUUCCUAUGUUACACCUUCGGAUUUCUUCUACAAGAGGAAUCAUGGUCCAAUUCCCAUCGUUGAAGACAUCGAUAGAUACUGUGUGGUGAUAUCUGGUCUUGUGGAAAAUUCCAAGGAGUUCUUCAUGAAAGAUAUCAGGAAGCUUCCAAAGUAUCAUGUAACUGCCACACUGCAGUGCGCAGGGAAUCGGAGGACUGCUAUGAGCAAGACGAGGACAGUGAAAGGGGUGGGAUGGGAUGUUUCUGCUAUUGGAAAUGCUGUUUGGGGUGGUGCCAAAUUGGUUGAUGUUCUUGAACUUGUUGGAAUUCCAAAGUUGACAAGUGUCACACAGUUUGGUGGAAGACAUGUUGAGUUUGUAAGCAUUGAUAAGUGUAAGGAAGAAAGUGGAGGACCAUAUAAGGCUUCAAUACCGCUCAGUCAGGCCACAAAUCCUGAAGCAGAUGUUCUACUUGCUUAUGAAAUGAAUGGAGAACCUCUUAAUAGGGAUCAUGGGUACCCAUUACGCGUUAUUGUUCCGGGUGUCAUUGGAGCCCGGUCUGUUAAAUGGCUGGAAGCUAUCAAUAUCAUUGCAGAAGAAUGUCAGGGUUUCUUCAUGCAAAAGGACUACAAAAUGUUUCCACCAUCAGUGAAUUGGGACAAUAUUGAUUGGUCAACCAGGAGACCCCAAAUGGAUUUCCCAGUUCAGUGUGUUAUAUGCUCUUUGGAAGAUGUGAGCACAAUAAAACCUGGGAAGGUAAAAAUUAGUGGUUAUGCAGCAUCAGGUGGUGGAAGAGGAAUUGAGAGAGUAGAUGUGUCUGUUGAUGGAGGAAAAACAUGGAUGGAAGCCUCAAGACAUCAAAAAAGGGGCAUUCACUAUGUAGCUGAUGAUGCCAACAGUGACAAAUGGGCAUGGGUGCUAUUUGAGGUCACAGCCGAUAUUCUUCACAGCACCGAGAUUAUUGCGAAAGCGGUAGAUUCAGCUGCAAAUAUUCAACCAGAAAAGGUUGAAGACAUUUGGAACCUUAGAGGGAUAUUAAACACUUCAUGGCAUCGAGUCCAAGUUCAAGCGAGUCACUCAAACUUGUAAAACUUGUACCAACUACCCAACAUCUUCGGUGAUUUCCAAAGCAUGUUACUGAACAAUGAACUCUUAACGUAUGUCGGCGCCGGUUUGUAUAAAUGGCUUUAGAUAAAUGAGCUUUUGAGCUAAAGGGAAGGGGGUUAUGAAUAAACUCUUACUCAAGUUUCAUGUGUGAUUGUCUAUGAGACUAUAACUUUGUUUCUUCAAGGUAUUACUUUGAGAUCGUAAUAAACAUGAAACAUUUCACACUUGGAAUUUCAUCUUAUCAUUUUCGUCGUGAUUGAAA